CCUCUAUUUUGUUGGAAUAAAAGCUUUAGUGCCCUUCACACGACGCUGCUUAAUAGUUAAUUCCCGCUUCAACUAUGGCCUUUGUCAAAGCACAAAAGUCAAAGGCGUACUUCAAGAGGUUUCAGGUCAAGUAUAAGAGAAGGAGAGAGGGGAAGACUGAUUAUAGGGCAAGGAUUCGCCUAAUUAACCAAGAUAAGAACAAGUACAACACUCCCAAGUAUCGAUAUGUUGUGCGAUUUACCAACAAGGAUAUUAUUGCACAAAUUGUAUCUGCAAAUAUUGCUGGAGAUUUGGUUCUUGCUGCAGCAUAUGCCCACGAGUUGCCUCGCUGUGGACUCAAAGUAGGUCUUACCAAUUAUGCUGCAGCUUACUGUACCGGGCUUCUUUUGGCUCGUCGUGUCUUGAAAAAGCUUGAGAUGGAUGACGAGUAUGAAGGCAAUUCGGAGGCAACUGGAGAGGAUUACUCAGUUGAACCGGCAGAGAGCAGAAGGCCCUUUCGCACACUUCUUGAUGUAGGCCUUAUCCGAACAACAACUGGAAAUCGUGUUUUUGGUGCUCUUAAGGGAGCACUAGAUGGUGGAUUAGAUAUUCCUCACAGCGAUAAGAGAUUUGCUGGUUUCUCUAAGGAGUCUAAGCAGCUUGAUGCUGAGGUUCACAGGAAGCACAUUUAUGGUGGCCAUAUAGCAGCAUAUAUGUCGACUUUAAUGGAAGAUGAACCAGAAAAGUAUCAAUCACACUUCAGUGAAUAUAUCAAGGAAGGACUUGAGCCAGAAGGCCUUGAGGAGAUGUACAAGAAAGUUCAUGCUGCCAUCCGUGCAGACCCAACUGCUAAGCAAUCAGAGAAACAGCCACCUAAGGAACACAAGAGGUACAACUUGAAGAAGCUCACUUAUGAAGAGAGGAAGGCCAAGUUGAUCGAGCGCUUGAAUGCACUUAAUGCUGCAGCAGGUGCUGAUGAUGAUGAGGACGAUGACUGAACGUACCCUUGUUGAAAUUGAGCUAGUUUUGUUUUCAAUUGUUUCCUUAGUACACCCACUGGUUAACGGAGUUUUAUCUGAAAAACUGGUUAUACUACUUAUCAAUUUUGAAGAUUUGAGAGAUCUUUUUGUCAAACAAGUGGUAGUUAGAUAUCAUUUGACAUCAAAUGCAAAUUUUAUCGUUGUCGUUCUUACAUA